UGAUAGGGAACUAGUCGUACAGCACAUUACCAUGUGUUGUACGAUGAAAAUCGGUUCAGUGCAGAUGCACUGCAAAUUCUUACAAACAACUUGUGUUACACGUAAGUAUUCGUUCGUUAUAAAUGUCGAAUACAAUCAUACUUUAUUUUUUAUAUACUUCAUAUAAAUUGACUUCAAUUUUUUCGUUUUUCCCCCUCAGAUAUGCAAGGUGCACUCACUCAGUUUCCAUAGUCCCACCAGCUUACUACGCACAUCUUGCUGCAUUCCGAGCCCGUUACUACAUUGAAGCGGGAGAAUUCUCCGACAGUGGAUCUGCUGCAGCGGGCCCCGGUGGAGCGAUGAGGGAGAGGGUUGGAGAGGUUCGGGCUCUGCCUGCAAUUAUGGACAAUGUUAAGGAUGUCAUGUUCUACUGCUGAUUUUGGUUGACUUAAAAAACUUAACUACAGGACUACAUCUUUUUGUCUAGAUUCACAUGUUUUGCUGAUUUUCGAUUAAUUUAGAAAAAAAACUACAUCUUUUUGUCUAUGAACAUAUGAUUUUGUAGAUUUCUCUUUUUCGGUGCCAAAAUAUGCUAUGAUACCUAAGGUUGUUUUGUCGUCGUAGGUUGAAAAAAAUUCUGUGCCGUUUGGUUAAUGAUUCGCUGGCAAUGUUAUUUAGAAUCUUUGAACUUCAACUGUGUUGGGAUUAAAGGAAUUUGAUCGGUUUUCUUUGUUGAACGUA